AUGGCAACUCCCGUAAGGUUCUCGAGCUGUAGAGGCGUUGCCUUUGAAGUGAAAGCUCAGGAACAUCAACUCUCCCAUCAAAGUAGUGUCUCCUUUACAACAUUCCUUUCAUCUUCAUCUUCACUACGAAGAUCACUAAGCAAACCAAGCACCCAUUUCUGUGACAUUGACCCUGACCAACAAAAACUCCAACCCCUCUCCGAUGAAGACGAGAAUGAGCUGCAAUCACUCGAACAAGGACACUACGUUCCACCCCCACAAAACCCCUCUCCCCCUAACCCAAAAUCAAGGCUCUCCGUCAUUCUCCUCGACCAAGGCCUCUUCACCGUCUACAAGCGCCUCUUUAUUCUCUCUGUUUCAUUAAACAUAACUGCCCUCAUUCUCGCCCUCACUCGCAAUUUCCCUUAUGCAAGAAACAACCCUGCUCUGUUUUCAAUCGGCAACAUAUUCAUGUUGUGUCUUUGCCGAAGUGAGGCGUUUUUGCGUGUUCUAUUUUGGUUAAGCGUCUCAAUUAUUGGAAGAUCAUGGGUCCCUCUCUGUGUCAAAACCUCCCUAACUUCUCUCCUACAGAGCUUAGGUGGCAUCCAUAGCGGCUGUGGAGUUUCCUCCAUUGCAUGGCUUGUGUACGCAUUAUUAAUACAGAUUCUCGAGGACCCAAAAAACGCGUCCCCAGCCAUGAUUGCAGUUGCCUCAGCAAUUCUAGCCCUUCUUUGCCUCUCUUCAUUAGCAGCAUUCCCCCUCGUUCGCCACCUCCACCACAAUGUCUUCGAGCGAACGCACCGUUUUGCCGGAUGGGCUGCUCUGGCUCUCCUCUGGGCCUUCAUUAUUUUAAAAUUGACUUACGACCCAAUUACCAAAUCAUACACUAACCCCCUCGGUUCCCGUUUGGUUAAGAAUCAGGAAUUUUGGUUCACAGCCGCAAUCACUUUCCUAAUUAUUCUCCCCUGGGUUACGGUCAGGCGCGUUCCUGUUCAAAUCUCUGCCCCUUCCGGACAUGCCUCGAUUAUCAAAUUCAACGGUGGGGUCCAACCUGGGUUAUUGGGCCGAAUCAGCCCAUCGCCGUUAUCAGAAUGGCACGCAUUUGGGAUCAUUUCCGACGGCCAAAAAGAGCACAUGAUGUUAGCCGGAGCAGUUGGCGAUUUCACGAAAUCUUUGGUGUCGAACCCACCGAGCCACUUGUGGGUCCGUGGGGUCCACUUCGCCGGACUUCCUUAUUUGGUGAAUAUGUACGAGAGAGCUCUGGUGGUAGCGACGGGAUCUGGGAUCUGCGUGUUUUUGUCGUUUCUGAUACAGAGAAGUAGGGCUGACGUGUAUUUGGUGUGGGUAGCCAAAGGGAUCGAGGAGAAUUUCGGGAAGGAGAUUAAGGAGACGGUAAACGGGUACCCGAAGGAGAAGGUGAUUAUUCACGACACGAAGGUUUCGGGGCGGCCGAAUGUGGCGGAGCUGACAGUGAAGGCGGCCGGAAAAUGGAAAGCGGAGGUGGUGAUUGUUACGAGUAAUCCGGAAGGAAGUAGAGAUGUGGUGAAUGCGUGUAAGAGGUCUGGAAUUGCGGCUUUUGGUCCGAUUUGGGAUUCCUGAAACAUGGAAACUCACAC